AUGUCUGGCACCACCGCCGUGUCCACGAAGGCGGCCUUGCCGUACGUCGUGGUGGCCCGGGAGAAAGCGUGGUACGCGGUGGACCUGCAGCUGUUGCAGUUCAUAACUGAUGAUUUGCAACGCAGCGGAGGCACGUUCACAUCUGCCAUCCACGUGUGGGCCAAGCAGCACCCAGGGCGCGAGCAGCAAAACCUCAUCCUGGGCGACUUCAUGACGCAGACAGACAACACGCGCGUGCGUCUGGAGGACGCCUGGUACAUGCACAAUGCAAUUCGUCUGGCAGGAGCCAACGCUGAGAGUAUUGAGUGGUCUUUCACGGAGAGCGGAAUAGAGCGCGCCCUUACGAAUAUUGCGGCAUGCGUGCGAAGGGCGCACCUGGCGCGCAUCGCGGAGCACGUGCGGACGUGCCCGAAAUGCGUUGACAAGCUCGGCCUGGAGUUGGAGUUGUACACUGGCUGCCAACGGAAUGCCCCCACGAAACAAUUCUUUUGCAAGUUCUGCCGCCCGUCCAAGAUAGAGCAAGCGCACUUGAUACCCCAGAAGGAGAUCUUGGGCGUCGCUCCUCCAGGACCGGCCGCUGACGGCGACUCCGCGCUGCGGUACGUGGUGAGCUGCUACGACCCCGAUUUGCCAGAACGCCCCUUCGAGGUGCACUUGCCGCGAGCCGAGGUGGAGAAGGACUUGUUGGCGAAGUUCGAGAAGUCGCUGCUUCGGAGCCGGGGCGAUCACGGCAACAAGAAGUCGCGCCCGGCGUGGAUCAAGGGAAGCCGGCAAUUUGCGCGCUGGCUGAGGAAACAGGCGCCGGCUUGUGAGCCGGCCAGCUCGGUCGCGGCGAGCAAUGGCGGAUGGCUUGCUCUGGACAGCAAGCAGGAGGAAGCUAUCCAGGCGUGCGGCGUUGACAAACUCCACGGGAGCAACAAAGUCAGACGCUGCACUGGAGGCAUCGUGACAGCAGUAACAUCGUGCGGCAUGCUGGUGGACUGGAUGGAGCUCUUCCGGGGCGAGUCCAUCGAGCUGCUAUAUGCGUUCGCGCUGCGGCUUCACAAGGAUGGCCGCGAGCUGGGCUUCGUCAUUGCGGCCCUGGGGUACGACAAUGCGUGCAAGCUUCUGUCACUUGCCCGGGCGAAGGAAACGCAGUUCCUACCAUGGACGAAGUCUUUCGUGGAGGAAGUGCGGAUGGUGUUGGACAGGUUCCACCGGGACAACCACACUUGGUGUUUGAACAACAUGCCAGAAGUGGACCCCCUGAGGCCAGAUAAUGCCAAGUUGUUGGACAAGAAAAACACGGAGGCAUGUGAGCAGUUGAACUCUUGGAUCAGCGGGAGGACACGGAGUGGCCUCGAGAUGACGCGGGGGCACUUCCAGAUGCACUGGUGGAUCCUUUUUGACGCCCACAACCAAUGGCUCGAGCGAGAAGCGGCAUGCGAGCGCAGGCGUUGCGAGGCGGGGCCCAUGCAGCGCCGGGAGAGUCGCCGCCCGGGUCGCGGCGCAGACGCAAGCCAACAGUUGCCAGCAAUGACGAAAGGAGAAAUCCGGACCUUGUACCGCAUCCUGGAGAACCAGAACCCGUUCCCCGAAGAAGCUGCGCGCCGGGCGACGCCACUCAUGUGGAAGGUGGCCUCGGCGCUGGGCAAGGCGACAUCUCUGCACGCUUCGUGUGUCUACGUCCACCUCAUGAUUCUGGUAGCCACAACGCUUGGGGCAGUUCAACUCAGGUACGGUGGCAUACUAUCCCGACACUGCAACUUGCUCAUGCUACAGCAUGGCGAACCUGGCGACGGAAAAUCGGUCGCCCUCUGGCUGGACGUGCAGGUGUUAGGAUUCUACGACAUGAUACGGGAGAGGCGCUCCAAGAAGAAGUACGAGGAUGCCGCCCAGAAGCACAAGGACGACCCAGACAAUAACCCAGAGCCAGCAAAAGAACACGCCAAAGACACGAUCUUCAACAAGGGUACCUUCAUCGGUCUCGGGAACUUCAUGCAGGCGCAAGGGGAAACGGCGUUUCUCGCGCUGCACGAGGGGAAGACGUGGCUACCGCAGACCUUCGACAACGGGCCAGGCGGCGGCAUCGAUGAUCUGAACCAGAUUCACGAUCAUGAUCUGUACAAGAACCACCCUGGGAACACGCAGAACCGUUUCUUGGUGCGGAACCCGCACUUGUGCGGUGCGGUCAUGAUGCACAUUGAGGAAGUGUACGAGCAAGCACAGAAGCCCGACACAACAGCAGGCAUGAUGAGAUUCCUGAUCGGCCACUUCACCGCCGUCGUGAACAAGAUCCUACCCGAUGCACCAGCACCUCAGGUGGCGCGCCUCCUGGAGGACGAUCCAGAUUACUUCAACGACUUGGAAUACGACCAUGUAGUGACCGCUAUCGGGAAGGUUAUGCUGACGGCCUCGGCGCUGUACGUACGGGGAGAGGAGCGCCCGGACGAGAAGAACAAGAAGAACAGGUACUCCAAGGUGCGUGGGACGCAUUUUCUGCCGUGGGCUGAGGACGUGAUGGAGCACUUCCGCAAGCAAUUCAACUCGGCUGCGGACUACGUGCGGGAGGAGGCGCGCGCGUCGAAGGGCGCGGACGAAGACAGUGGAUAUGCCACUGCGCGGAAGGACAUGACGAGGACGCUCCAGUUCAUCCCGCCUUUGGACAUAGGCGAGAAGGUCAUCGACUACUUGCUGCAGAAGGCUGGCAAGACGCCGGACAUGAUCAGGGAGAUGACCGGCGAGGAGAUCGUGAACUGCCUCGGGGAGGGCGAGGUGCCUCUUGACUUCGUGGACUCCGUGGACCGGGUCGCCGUCGCCCCGGAGAUUCAGGGGCCAGCGCCGCAUUUCCGGAACCCUUUGUCCUCUGGGUCCCAGGGCCAGCCCGCGCAGGUCGCCCAGAACUGGGACAUGAAGGCUUUCGCGCAGAAUCCAUGCACGACAGAGGUCCAGAUCCACGCCGCACACGUGGACCUCAUCCUCUUGAGCAUGAUGGGCUUCCUCGCAGUGGGCCCAGGCCGCGCGACCCUCGCAGCGUACAGGCGGGACAGCGAGAGCUUCGUCAAGGCGUGCAACAGGAUGCUGGAUUGGGACCCGGACGUAUCCAUGGAGGAAUUGCGGCAGAUUGCGCCAGAAGCCGACGAGGACUCGGUGGCGGGUGACCAUUCUGUUGCCGACAGGCUCUGCCGUGGCGUGAAGGACCUGUUGGAGGGCAAGGCGGUGGACUUCGCGAGCUUGCAGUCGAUCGAAGCGCCCCACGCCGAUAAUGUACCGCUUGAGCCCAUCCCCGCAUCCCAAGUAGUCCCGGCGACGCCUCCAGAGGCAACGGGGGCGGCGGUGCCUGGUGAACAGGCGAAGGGAGUGGCGGGACUAACCCAAGCUGCGUCCGGGGUCGAUGAGACUGAGGGAUCGGGGUCGCGGCCGUUGAAGAAGUUGCGCAUGGAGCCGCCCCUGCAGGCGGAGGAGUUCAAGACAGAUGCCGGACUGAAGAAGAGGAUGUUGCUGUCGGUGCUGCAGUCGUCGCAAGAUCCGCACACCUUGAGCAAGAAUGCGAGCUCCUUCAGGGGCAACGCUGACACCGUCGAAGCGGCGCUCCGCGUGGUGUUCCGCUUCCUGGCGGCUGCUGGGCUGGCUGUGUGGAGCCAGGGUAAGAGCAACAGCGGCGUCUCCGUGCGGGGCCCGCCCCAAGUGCACGCCGAGGCAGUGUGCAAUGAGAUCGCGGAGAAGCUCGGGUUGCAAGCCCGUGCCAAGAGCAAGCUGCAGGAGAGCUUGGUCGCGAAAGCCACGGAGGGCGACUUCAACGUGGACGAGUUCAAGCGCGUGAGCGCGCUGCUGGGCGACAGCCUGAAAGAAGCGUGA